AUGGGCGCCAAAAUUUCUCGAGGAAGACAAGACAAACAUGGUACAAUUCUCAUGGUGGGUUUAGAUGGCGCUGGGAAGACAACUAUAGCAAACAUGCUUAAACGCGAAAUGAUAUUUCGAACGGAGCCGACUAGAGGGUGCACCUUCAGCUUGAACGCGUUCGGAUUCAAGGAAUAUACCUUUUCAAUAUGUGAUGUUGGAGGCAGUAAACACUCUCGGUAUAUGUGGCGCAAUUUUAAACAAAACGACGCGUUCCUCAAUUGGGCGACCAUAUGUGGUGUUAUUUUCGUCGUAGACAGCUCUGAUUGGGAAAGAAUGACAGAAGCAAAAAAACUUUAUUCCGAGCUUCAUCAACAGCUUGCUAAAGAUCAUCGCCGACCCGUUCUUCCUGUGUUAGUUAUUGCAAACAAACAGGACCUUGCUGGAGCUCUCACAGCUCAUGAGGUUAGCGAUGGGCUAUCACUCGAACAGUACAAACUUUACGGCUGGCAAGUAACGUUUCAUUUUACCGCCGUUGACGGAGUGGGUUUAGAUGAUGCUGUGUGGAUUUUGUACAAAAUGAUCAAGAAACGUGAAAAGCUCUUGAAAAAAAAUUGA